AUGCUUGUAUGUCCAAAACGAUCGAGCUCGACUAAGACGGCUCUCGUCGCUGCUCUGACGGUAUUUCUUGAUGGAAAGCCAGCUUUGGCUAACACAGCGGCCCAUGGUACGUUGUGCGUGGAGGUGGAGCCUCUGGGCGGCAAGACAGAGGAAAAUCUGAAGGUCAAAGUUGCUGUUCCUUGCGCACCUUUCGAAUACGAUCUGGAUAAGUUUAGCUUCGCAGAGCACUGCAGCUCCCUCCAGAUUAUGCGCGGAUCGAUUCCGGAUGUUAAAGCGCUGGAGUUUGGAGCGUCGAUUUUGGGAGAGGCUUGGACACAGCUCGUUACGGGUGCAGGCGGGAGUAUAAGGGCGGCAGAUCAGCAUGAGAGGUGCCAGCAGGUGCUACAAGACUUGGGAAUGACAUUAUUUGCGCAGUGGGGCAACGUUGCUCAAAAUAUGGCAGCUGCAGCCGCACUACCUUUGGUCACCUGUAAGGCAUCUGGUAAUCUGCCGCGUGUGUCUGAUUCUUGGAGAAUUGUGAAGACCGAUAAUUGGCGGCCUGACGGCUGGAUGGACGCUACGGAGAGUUCGAGCCAGUCCUGGUCCGAAUCACUUGCGCAACUCUGCUCCAAAAAGACUUUACUGAAAGCGGCCGUGGCCGUGGCCGUGGUGAUGACCGCCAAUGCGUACAUGACCCCCAGUGCCUACACGACCCCCAAUAGUAACGUAGCACCCAUGGCUGCAGAACUCGAUGUGGUUGCAGCACCCAGUGCGCCCACUAUGGCUCCAGAGCACACUCUGCCGUACCACCCAAUCGUUCGGAGUAAGCACUGCGGGCCACACAAUAAACAGUUCUCCAAACGACCCUACAGAAACGUGUUUUGGACUCAAGAAUGUGAAGACACCAUGACCACAAUCGAAAACUAUUUGGUCGCUUCCGGCUGUUCGAUGGACGAUCCGGACACGUGCUGGUUUGUACAACGACUCUGCCCAAGAUACUGGGCUGCUCAUGGCCCCGGCUCCCGGUUUGCGUCGAUUCUGCCGAACGUUCCCGACGCAAAAUUCAACUACGCUAUCCUUGAACUCGACGAAAAAGAACACUUCAUCCAAGAAGCCGUGACCGCGCUUCCCUCCUCCUGUGACACUUCCCGUUCCCUCGCAUGGAACAAUCGGCGGCAGUAA